AUGACGCAGCCUCCGCCUAUAGUCGGUCGGGUGAGUGUCCUGUCUCCGGGUCCUCGAGAGUCAACAUGGUGGCGCGGCAAGCGCGGGUUCCGGGUCGGAUUCUUCCCGCACCACUGCGUGGCCGUGAUCGGGGAUAAAGUCCCCCGGCACAUGACGCAGCCUCCGCCUGUAGUCGGUCGGGUGAGUGUCCUGUCUCCGGGUCCUCGAGAGUCAACAUGGUGGCGCGGCAAGCGCGGGUUCCGGGUCGGAUUCUUCCCGCACCACUGCGUGGCCGUGAUCGGGGAUAAAGUCCCCCGGCACAUGACGCAGCCUCCGCCUAUAGUCGGUCGGGUGAGUGUCCUGUCUCCGGGUCCUCGAGAGUCAACAUGGUGGCGCGGCAAGCGCGGGUUCCGGGUCGGAUUCUUCCCGCACCACUGCGUGGCCGUGAUCGGGGAUAAAGUCCCCCGGCACAUGACGCAGCCUCCGCCUAUAGUCGGUCGGGUGAGUGUCCUGUCUCCGGGUCCUCAAGAGUCAACAUGGUGGCGCGGCAAGCGCGAGUUCCGGGUCGGACUCUUCCCGCACCACUGCGUGGCCGUGAUCGGGGAUAAAGUCCCCAGGCACAUGACGCAGCCUCCGCCUGUAGUCGGGUCCGUAGCAGUGGCACCAAUAAAGCCGGUACUUCGGAAACACGGAAAAUUGAUUUCCCUGUUCAGAAGUUUUAUACUGUCCCGCCCUUCGAGACGGCGGCUCAAGCAGCAGGGCAUCCUGAGGGAGCGAGUGUUCGGCUGUGACCUUGGGGAGCAUCUACUCAACUUCGAACAUGAUGUGCCCCUAGUCCUGGUGGAGUGCGCUAAGGCCAUCGAAGCCCGGGGCGCCGUGGACGGCAUCUACCGGCUGUCGGGGGGCUCGGGCCUCACGCAGCGCCUGCGCGCCGCCUUCGACAGCGGCGAGGCCCCCGACCUGCCGCAGGACCCGCACGCCACGGCCUCGCUACUCAAGAUGUACUUCAGAGAACUGCCAAACCCGCUCUGCACGUACCAGCUAUAUGAAAGCUUCGUGUCAGCUGUCCAGACAGAGGAAUCCAAACGGCUGAAAGCGGUCAGAGAUGUCGUGGUCAAGCUACCACCACCACAUUACAGAACGCUAGCGUACCUAAUGCGUCAUCUCCGCCGCGUGUCGCUACUAGGAGACGUGACGGGCAUGACGGCACGCAACAUGGCCAUCGUGUGGGCGCCCAACUUGCUCCGCUCUCCCCGCCCGCAGCACGCGCUACAACACGUCUCUGUGCAGGUGAGCCUUGUGAUGUACCACGCUAGAACCUGA